GGAACGCGCGCACACUGACGCGCGCUCCGCACGGACCGCAUCUCCGACCAGCUGCUUUUUUAACGGAAAAAACGGGUGAAAAAAGCAUGAAGUCACUGAAGUCGUAGAUAGAUCCUUCAGAAGUGAAGAAGAAGCGAGGUGAUUUGGUCUGUUACGAACCGAAAAGAUGAAAUCCAGGAGUCAGGACCAGAGUUUGUCUGACUCCAGAGAGCUGGACCGGUCCUACGACCCCCUCACAGGUAAUCCAGCAUCCAAACCCAAUAAAAAGACCAUAAAGCAGCGGUUCCUCAAACUGCUCCCCUGCUACCGCUCCAGCUCCAGCCCUUCAUCCACUCAAAGAAGUAUAGCUGAUGACGGUGAACUGUCAACAGUGUGUUACAGACCUGAGGGCCUCGACCACCUCGUCCAACAAACCAGCUUCAGCAAGAAGGAGCUGCAGAUCCUUUAUCGGGGAUUUAAAAAUGAGUGCCCCAGUGGUACUGUGAAUGAGGAAUCUUUUAAAAGCAUCUAUGCACAGUUCUUCCCUCAGGGAGAUUCUAGUAUGUACGCGCAUUUCCUGUUUGAAGCCUUUGAUACCCACAACAAUGGAACGGUCAGCUUUGAGGACUUCGUCAUAAGCCUGUCCAUCAUCUUGAGAGGCUCCAUCACGGAUAAACUCAACUGGGCUUUUAAUCUGUAUGAUCUGAACAAGGACGGCUGCAUCACCAGAGAGGAGAUGACAGACAUCAUGCACUCUAUCUAUGACAUGAUGGGGAAGUAUACCUACCCCUGUAUGAAGGACACCGCCCCCAAAGACCACGUGGACAGCUUCUUUCAGAAAAUGGACAAGAACAAGGAUGGAGUAGUGACCAUCGAUGAGUUCUUAGAGACCUGCCAAAAGGAUGAGAACAUCAUGCAGUCCAUGUACAUGUUUGACAACGUGAUCUAACGCUCAGUGGACAUAGAUGGGAGUGUUUUCACCUUCCUGGAGCCUGAUUUGCUGCCAUGCUUCAGCUCUUGGCCAGUGUGGAUGUUUCAGGCCUGAACUGGGUGAAACAGGGUGCACAUACUAAAUACAGCAACAACAUGAGGACAUCUAACACCGAAACAGACUGAGCAGAUGUGGGACUUCUGUUGCCAUGUCCUCAAAAUGACUGGACUUUUGUGCUAUGGAAGUUUUAUUUAUUUAUUUAUUUUUUUUAGUAAAAAUGUAAAGGAAAGCAUUAAAUGGUCUUUUACUAUAAUAAAAUGAUAUUUACAGGGACAGGUAAAUGUAAAAGUUCAAAAGUAAAAAGUACUGAUGAAUUGAAGGGUAACAUCCACUAGCUCCUUUACUUAAACAAAUGAUGAACAUUAACUUCUCUAGUGCAUGAAUAAAAAUACACGAGAGCAAGAGAGACUGAAUGUACACAGAAGAAAUGCUCACACUUACAACAAGGAGGGAGUCUGAGCUCAAGCAAUAACCUUCAAGUAACACACUGUCAGAUCUCUUUUGUCACAUUAUUGUAUUCAUUUAUUCUGCUGUACUGUGUCUGCAUGAAAUGUCUGUUUCAACGGAGUGACGAAAUGUUGAAAGUGUUAAUACAUUUUGUAUAUAGAGAUGUUAAAGAUGAUGAUGGUAUGGAAUAAAAAACACAGCUGCUAUGCAAAA